CAGCAGCAGCUACUUGAGUUGCGUCAGCAGUCGCCGUCAAAGCAUGCCUUCUCUUUACGAACAAAACCCAGGCUGGUUGCUGUAGCCGCUGCAGCACUCGCACGGCCUUUCCAGCGACGCCAGGCACCUCCAAGCGGAGAUCAGCAGCAGGUAUUGGAGCAGCCACAACGUGCAGAAGACACAGUGAAUACGGCGGGAAAAAGUUGGGGGCAGUCAGAUGCGCUCGAUCCAAAGCAACAGCUACAGCUGUGCACCAACCCUCCUCGUAAAAUGAAGUCUCUUGAAAGUACCCUGGGGAGGCUGCUCGGUAGAUGGGGGGAACGGCCUCCUCUUGUUGGUCCGUCUGCAUUUCCUCGAAGUAGCAGCACGAAAUUCUGUAGAAGCAGUGGGCCUAUCAGUUGCGUAUUGGACCACAGUCCGGAAGUCGGCCUGUCGCAUAGAUGCCUCUCAUCCUCUUACACCUCGCAGUGGAUGCAAGAACAGUCACAGCAAUGCGAGAGCGAGCAUGUGCUUGAGCAGCAAGCAAGAAUGUGCAGUUGUGAGUCAUUACCCUCCGCUGUUUCUACACAGGACAACUCGCAUCAGCUGAUGCAGCAGGUGCCGGACUGUUCACUACAGGAACUGCAACAGCAGCGAUCGCGGGGUGGCCCCUUCGACGGCAACGCCGCAACAUCAGAGACACAUGGGAAAGUACAACGGCAACAGUCUUCGCUUGCGUCAGCAGAGGGUUCAGGUGGCGAACUCGCAGAAGAGUUUUAUGUCGACCCCUAUUUUGAGAACAGCAGCACCAGAGCUCCGGUGGGCAGUAGCAGCAGUAAUAACAGCAGUAGCAAUAGCUGUAUGACGACGAAUCUGUUCGAAUCCACCUUAAAAGCGGAAGACUCAGAUAACGGGGAGCUAACAACAAGUCGGGAGGCUCUGGUGACGGAUUUUGUGGCCACACCAAACCACAUAGCACCCACAACGGCUGCAAUUUCGAAAGCAAUAAGCGCAGCGCUGCCAGACGGCUCAAGAGUGCCGCUGCCAGUAGCACCACCUCCCAAGCGGAGAGACGCAAUGCACAAGAGAACAGAUGAAGAAGUGUCUCAUCUUAUAUGUGAGCCCGUCGUGCAGCACCGAAAGCUCCAGGAACCCGACCACAUGGUGAAUCUAAGCUUCAGAGAGGCCGCAUGCGACGGCACCAUCAAAACGAUUGCAAGAGCUCGCAAGCCUUCAGGCAUCGUUUUGCCAGGAGCAACAGCUGCAACAACAGCAGGAGUAACUCAAACCGCAGUACUGACCAGUCAUUUUCCUGGCGUUUUAGAUUCGACGAAUCAUAAGCACGUUCAAGGAUCAGCAACAGCCUUGACAGCACCACAGGACAUCCGUACCCCCACUAAAGCGGUGCUUUUUACGGAAAGUUGGGCGACCCCGAGAAAAGAAAACGCUUCUCCUGGUAGCGUUGCAGCUCAACUCCUUAAUUCCGAAGCUCAUGAAGAGCAUGAUCCGCGCGCUGGGGUAGCGUCUUCGGGGGAGGGAACUUCAGCAGCGUACAACGAGGCUCACGCAGUAUCACUCUCAAGGACUGCAGCAGCAGUACCUCCAGUGCCUCCAGCGGCGUUUAGUGAUGAGGUGCAGGAGCUUUGUAGCAGCUCUAAGCCGUUGUCUCCCAUCACGGUGCUACAGCAUUUUGCAUGGCAACUCACCGAAUGGGAACGAAAGGAAGUUCUCGAAUACCCCCAGGUGUGGUACUGGGGUUCACAGCGGGAGAAACCAGCAGGUACUGAGGAUGCAUGCUUAUACGGUGGCCCUUUUGCUAGUGCUGCCGCAGGUGUUUCUCACGGUAAGCAUUCAGGGAAUGCAGCGGUAAGGCGAUCGGAGGGUCCUUCCGAAUCACGCGAAUCUGUCUUGCGGACAGCGCCAUCCGCCUUCAGCAACAGUUUCAGCAGCAAGCUCUACAGCGCCAACAUGACGCGUAGCAACAGACAGCUGAUGAAUGCGACCAGCGGCAGUGCAUGCAGCUACUUUUGCGACUCCCGUGGAGAGUACCUUGUGUCGCUGCAAGAUCAUAUUUGUUAUCGUUUCCAGCUUCUGCAGCCUCUAGGAACCGGAUCUUUCGGGAGUGUAUUCAGAGCACUAGAUCACAGAACUGGCGAGGAAGUUGCCCUAAAAAUUAUCAGAAACAAGUGCAGCUUCCACCUCCAGGGACGAGAGGAAGUGAAGGCGCUGCGGCUGCUGCUUACCCUUGACAAGGGCGACAAGGCAAACGUAGUGCACCUCAAAGAAACCUUCCUUUUUCGUGGUCACUUGGUGCUCAGUUUUGAACUGCUCGGCCAUAAUCUGUACGCAUUCCUACGGAGGAACAAAUUUCGGGGGUUUUCUACUCUCGCCGUUCGUAGUAUUGCCAUUCAGCUCCUGCACGCCCUCCGGCUGCUCAAGAAGGCCAGGAUAGUGCACUGUGAUGUGAAGCCUGAGAACAUAGCUCUGCUGAAUGGCAGGAAAAGCACUGUCAAGCUUAUUGACUUUGGUAGCAGUUUUAAAGAUGGGCGGCAGCAGCCGAACGCGUAUAUUCAGUCGCGCUACUACCGCUCACCAGAAGUCCUCUUGGGACUUCCGUACGGCCACGCAAUUGAUAUCUGGUCGUUGGGAUGCGUCUUAGCAGAGCUGCACACAGGUAUUCCCCUCUUUCCGGGAGAGGAUGAGGCCGACCAACUCGCAAAGAUUGCUUCUCUUUUGGGGUUCCCUCCUGCGGACUUGAUCAUGCGCUCUCCUCGCAGCGGCCUCUUCUUUGAUGGCGAUUCAGAGGACACCUUUUGCUUCUUUAAUUCUGGACACAACCGCUCGCCUACAGAAGCGUCUAGCUCUGCCAACUCCCUGACAGCCAAAAGUCUAGAAGAAGCUGUAGCCCCAGCGGAUCAUUCGUUUGUCGAUUUCCUUAAAGGCUGUCUUUGCUGGGAUGCAACGGAUCGAAUGACACCAGAGGAGGCACUUCAACACCCCUGGCUUCAAGAAUUCUACUAUUUGCGUCACCGGCGCUUGCUACUCCUCACAGGAGCUCAGAAUCAAUUCCAAGUGCUCACCUCUCAUGUUGCAACUGUUGCUAGUGCAUGCAGCAGGACCGUCUUAUUCUGUGUGGCGUGUGAG